AUGUCCAUCCCAACCAGUCUAAAGGGUUUAUUUAUGCUGAUAACCCAUAUCGAGAUGAGAAUAUCCUCAAAACACUUGGGCAUGCUUAUCAGUCUGUGUCUGCUAAAACUUUGUGAUUACAUAGUUCUGCCAUAAUGUUAUCAUGCAAACUUGUGUGGGCCAACAAAUUUUUUUCCUUGGUACUUCGACAACUGAAGAAAUUGAAAGACAUUAUUUCAAGGGAAUUUGGUUUCGUAAUGAGUUCACUUAGUAACAAGGUCUUAAGAAUACGUAAUUAGUCUACGUCAUUCCGUCAAACAGUAGAUUUCGACCGUUAAAUUUGCUAGAAUCUAACCUUCUACCAUCAAAUUGACCCAUUUCCUAAAGCCAAGUGGCAUAAAAACUGUCCUAUUAAGAACACCCUUUAGUUAUGGAAUUAUAACUUUUGCUUGCUUGUCAUCAACCGCGAAUUACGAUGUACAAGUACCUUCAUUUAACAACGUUUAUUGUGCUCUCUAUAGUCGUAUGAUAUGUUGAUUACGCAUUCAAAGUAUGAUGAUUUGUCUGCAUAUUUUUUGUUGCAGCUUUACUCGGAUCAGUUCCCUCCAGAGCUGCAGAGUCCUGUCAACAUGUUAUUCAGAAUGGAGAUUCCACUGGGAAAGGAGAACGUUGGAUCGACCCACAAAGCAAUGGGAACCCCUUCAAGGCUUUUUGCGAAAUGACAACUGAUGGAGGUACCUUGGUGCUUUUUGUUUUCAAGUGUUGAUUUUUUUCUCGGUUAUUUAUGGAAGCAGGUUUCUUUUUGUUUUUUAAUGCAAAGGAGGCUGGAUGAUAUUGUUAAACGUUGUUGGAAAGAAUCGUCUGUACAACUACGCAGCUUUUGUGAUUUAUACUGAUCAACAACGACCUGUCAACUGGAGACUUUUGGAAAGUUUAUGUCCGUUGAAAUACUCCUUCUUGCAAUAACUUUGUAAUAUAACGAAGUAUGAACGAGAAAGAGAAAAAAAGUCGAAUAAAAAUUCAUUAGCAUAUAAACUGCCUUCUAGCCAUGUGCCUGACAGUCGAACGAUUUUAAAUUUGACAGUAUUUUCACAUCUAAGUCAAAUAAACGCAAUCUCCUUGGAUCUGGCUUAUACGUGGUUCAGCCACCUCACGUGCACCUCCUUUGUAUACAUGAUUCCCCUCACAUGAAACCUUCUUUUGUUUUUCUUGAAGUCUUGAGCUGUUAUGUAACAAUUUCGCUACAGCCUGGUCAAUGUCAAGUGUGGAGGGUGCCAGUUAUUUAACUGUACAUAAUCUGAAAUUUUUAUUCUUAAUUUGUAAGUUAGCAUAAGUAUGGAUAGUGUUAUUAUAUUACUAUAUACCGGACAGGUGAAUAGUGCUUGUCACGCGCCCUUAUGUUCUGGCUCAGAAAAUUAGGGCGCGUGAUUAUUGAUUAGCAAAAAUUAUUUUCUCCGAGCAGCCGAACAGACAAAAUCAGUCGUCAACAAUUUAAUUUCUGACUAUUUUUUGGUAUAUUGACAGGAAUAAACUACUCUUUCUGGUUUCUGUGUAGUAUAUACAAACAUGAAUUCACCUUAGUGUCAGUGAAAGUGGUAGAUAUUUACCUCCACUUCGGCGAAUAAUUGUUAAUUAUAGCUUACAUAUUCUCUAUCGUUUAUCAAUGUGCACAUUGUUUAAAUUUAGGUUUUGUCGCGCAUUUUUACAACAAGCCUUUGGUUCGGGAGAUUAGGCGUCCACUCUCAUGUUUUAGACAUUAAAUAAAGCUAUCCUUAUCGAUAUUUUCACGGAGUUUGCAUUGAAAAAUUGAUUCAAACUAGUUAAGAGUAGAAGGUGUUUUAUAUUUUAAUUUUAUGGAGCAAGGAAUCUGUUACGAAAAAGAAAAAAAAACCUUAAUUGUCGAUACGCCGUGUAGAAGCAAAUAAGGUCCCAGUCGAGAAGCUUCUGAUCUGGUGAUGUUUGUCACAUCAAAACGAAAAAUCCCUGUGGGAGAUGUUACUCAAACUGAGGUCACGUGCCUCCUUUUCGAAAUAGCAAUUGCGUAUUUUCGCUCACGUCUUUUCCUGGUUUACAAUCAUAUUUAAACCUGCUAAAUAGUCGUUAGAUUAUAUAUUUAAAGACUUGCUACAAAAGUAAGGUUUUCUAAGCUACCCUUACGAAAUAUCAAUGUUGACCUGAGACCUCAAGAUGCAUACGCUUUCUAUUCUUAAAAGGUUUUCAUUUUCUUUUCUCUUGGUUUUUUUCUUUUUUUUUUUGUAUUUUGGAUUUCAAGUCACAAAACAAUGAAAAGUGUCAAAGGGUCUUACGGUCAAUAUUAGUACUAUGUGUUGUAUGAAUGUUUAAAUUUGCAUGAUUGCACGACAUUAUCCGAGGAAAAAUAUUAAUUUUUUUGUUUAAAAAUUCUUGUCGACUUAUCAUUCAGAGUGGUGAGGUAUAUAUAUAUAUUUAUAUAUUUAUAUAGAUAUAUAUCGCGUGCCUCCCUGGAGGUGCAUUGUGUAUUUUCGCUUGCGUUUUUUCUGGGUUGAAAAGAUUUAUAAACCUGCUAGACAAUAGUUAGAUAAUAGUUUAUAGAUUUCCUAAAAUUUAUUAAAACUUGUUGAGGGUAGCAGGUGCUUUAUAUUUUGAUUUUAUGGAAAGAGGAAGUCAAUAGAAAAAAGAAGAAAAAAAACCUAACUGUCGAUAUGCCCUGUAUAAGCAAAUGAGAUCUAACUCGAGAACCUUAUGAUCUGGUGAUGGCUACGACAUCAAAGGAAAACUCCCUGUGGGUUAUAUUACUCUAACUGACGUGCCUCCCUUUCCAAACAACAUUUGUGUAUUUUUGCUCCCGUUCUCUCUGGGCUGCUACAAAAGUAAGGUUUUUGAAGCUGACCCUUACGAACUGUCAAACUUGACCUGAGACCUCAAUAAAACAUACGCUAUCUAUUCUUUUAAAAGGUUUUGAUUUUCUUUUCUCUUGGUUAUUUUUUUCUAUUUUGGUUUACAGGUCACAAAAGAAUGCCAAGUGUCAAAGGGUCUUACCGUCAAUAUUAG